GUCGAUCGCGAUAAACGCUUUUCCUUGUCGGAUAGCAACAAAGAUGUCUGCAAGUGGGGAUACAAAUUUUUCGCGUGUGCUUAAUAAAGAGCAGAAUGGAGUUAUUCAAGCCACAUUAACAGACUUGUAUCAGAUAACCAUGGCAUACGCUUACUGGAAAAGUGGAAAGAGAAAUGAAACUGCAGUCUUUGAUCUUUACUUCAGGAAAAAUCCAUUUAAAGGAGAAUUUACAAUAUUUGCUGGUUUAGAAGAGUGUAUUAAGUUUGUCAAAAGUUUCAAGUUCUCAGUCAGUGAUAUCAACUACCUUAAGACAGUUUUACCUGAAAAUAUUGAAAGUGAAUUUUUUGAUUACCUUCAAAAUUUAACAACAAAUGAGGUGCGACUGAUUGCCAUUGAUGAGGGGAUGGUUGUGUUCCCAAAGGUCCCCCUCAUCUCAGUAGAAGGCCCCCUUCCUGUAGUUCAGUUAAUGGAAACACCUCUACUAAAUCUUGUUAACUAUGCCAGUUUGGUAGCCACAAAUGGAAUGAGAUUCAGACAAGCAGCAGGUCGAGACAAAACACUACUCGAGUUUGGACUGAGACGAGCUCAGGGUCCUGAUGGUGCCUUAUCUGCCUCUAGAUAUUGCUAUCUUGGUGGAUUUGAUGGAACCAGUAACGUGUUGGCAGGAAAGAUGUACAACAUUCCAGUGAGAGGAACACAUGCCCAUGCUUUUGUGAAUUCCUACUCUUCUCUGUCAGAAGUUCAAGAAAAGGAACUGCUGAAUAAAAAAACUAACCAGGUACUCAAAUUCUCAGCAGUUUGUGUCAAAUGGAGGAAGAAGUUAGCCCCAAUAUUGGAGUUUUUGGAUGAUCAGGCCUCAGAGGGAGAAUUGGCUGCAUUUAUAGCGUACGCUCAGGCUUUCCCUGAUGGAUUCCUGGCUCUUAUUGACACAUACGAUGUCAUAAGGUCAGGGCUACCUAACUUUUGUACUGUAGCCAUGGCUUUGAGUGACUUUGGAUAUGAACCUAGGGGAAUUCGUCUGGACAGUGGAGACUUGGCAUACCUGUCUCAGGUAGUCAGACAAAGCUUCAAGAAGGUAGCUGAUAAGUUUGAAGUUCCAUGGUUUGCUAAAUUAAACAUUGUGGCCAGUAAUGACAUCAAUGAAGAUACUAUACAUUCCCUUAAUCAGCAGGGCCAUGAAAUAGACAGCUUUGGGGUUGGUACUCAUCUAGUCACAUGUCAAAAGCAGCCAGCACUAGGGGGUGUGUACAAGCUGGUUGAAAUAAAUGAAAAUCCUCGAAUGAAACUCAGUGAGGAUGUAGAAAAGGUGACCAUUCCAGGCAGGAAACAUGCUUAUCGCUUGUUUGGUAUUGACGGCAAUGCUCUGGUGGAUCUGAUGAUGCAGCCCUCAGAGAAAGCUCCACAGCCUGGAGAGCGCGUCUUAUGUCGUCACCCUAUACAGGAAUCCAGACGAGCCUAUGUAAUCCCAGCCAAGGUAGAACUCUUGCACAAGUGUUACUGGGACAAAGGAAAGGUGGUACAACCUCUUCCAUCACUAUCUGAGUUACGAACCAAGGCCCUUAAAUCCCUACAAACCCUUAGAAUUGACCACAAGAGGGCACUGAAUCCUACACCAUACAAGGUGUCUGUAAGCAGUCAGCUUUACACCUUUAUGCAUGACCUUUGGCUAAAGAAUGCUCCUAUUGGAGAGCUGUGUUAGAAUUUGAUGUGGAAGUCAGACCUGAUAACCAAUAAAAAUCUUAGUUUUUACAAUUUAUAGACCAGUAUAUUGACAGUUAACUGCCUUUACAAGGAGACCAUUUUGUUUGUACUUACUUGUCAGUAUUCUAGACAAUCUCUUUCAAUGGCCUCUGUUUUGUGUGCAAUAUGUUUUAUUUUCUGAGAACAGUCUCUAUCAUUUUUGUCUUGUUUAGAAAUCUGAAUAUUAUCACA